AUGGGCCUUUUCAGCAAGAAAUCUGCCGCGUCCGAAUCCGACUUCUAUGCUAACAAGUCGCCUUCAAAACUCAAAAAGCGCUCCUCUUCGGCCUCCGCGUCGAGUCGCAACACCCGUCGAUCGAACGACUACGCCAACGACGCGUACGCCGGCCCCGAGUCCGUCAAGACAGGCGGUACCGGAAGUAGCACCUAUCCGGCUUCCGAGAAUGGUGUAGCUGCCCGCGACUACGGCGCCGCCAGCAACGAUGUCGUCGGCGGUGCACCUGCCGCGUAUAACAGCAGCCCUACCAGCGCCGCAUAUGGAUCACAGGCUGGUGCGGGCGCUGGUGGCGGAUACCGCGCGAACAACGACUACGCCGACAAUGGGGUCGGAGAACGCUCUGGCCUGUUCGGCAGAGGCAAGUCCACCCGCCGCAACAACAAUCUGCCCGCGAUCGGCAGCAACGACGUCCGCAACCAGCUCAUGGCCAAAGAGGCGGAGCUGCAGGCGAUCAAGAUGCAAGCUGCCGAGCUCGCCGAGGCCGAACGUCUUGAGCAUGAAGCCAUGCAACGUCGCGAGCGCGCCGUCGGGCUCGGUGCCCACCAAGCGAACCGCACCCUCGGUGCCGGUAUGGUUUAA